CUGUCCUUUUCCGCUUCAAGAAAUACUUACAAUUAUAAGAAUUCAAGAGAAGAGCACGACUAAUCAUGGACACUGUAACUUCAACCCCCGGCGAGCUAUUUCGGCAAGUCGCAACGAAUAUCCGAAGCAAAUACGACGACGUUGCCGUGACCGUCCCCAAGAGCACAACCUGGCGUUAUGUUGUCCACGCAACCGAAGCGGCAUUGGGUGAUAGAGACGAUACGAUUAUUGUAUCGAGAUCCCGGACUGAAGAACAAAAAGAAAGAUUCCGACAGAUCGCCCUCGAUAAUGUUGCAAGCUGGGAAGCAUCGAAGACAGCUGCCAGAGAAGCCCCACUAGGACAGCCUAUCAGAACAUAUUACAAUGCGGAGACUAUCCCGACGCCAAAGCCUUCAACCUCGAAGAGGUUGAAAGAGAACAUGAUCCCAUUCAAGGACAUGAGGGAGCCGUAUCCCAUCACUCUCAAGGCUACUCUCACAGAAGGUUACCUGCCGAUGGUCAAGGCAACUGUGGUAUUGAAGGCCGUCGAUAAUGAUGACACGACGAUGUCACAGGAAAUUAAGAAUAUAUAUAUCCUAUGGGACACAGGAUGCCAUUUCACUAUUGUGUCAGACGACCUUCUCACGGAAGACUUUAGAAAAUAUCUCGACCAUCCCAUCCAUGAUCCAUACCGUAACGAUCAGACGAGAAGGGUCCAGAUAGAGGUUAGAAUUGCCCUUAGCAACGCUCAAAUUGACAUGGCAUCAAUUGGUGCCGUUAUACCCAAGGAGAAAAUGCCGAAUGGAAGCUCGUAUAUCAUCCUCGGGCAGAGCCAAUUUAUAAACGCUAUGGACUGCCGCAGCAUUCCAAGAAGCCUACUACGGGCGAAGGGAAAGGAUAUUAGCAACGAUGUCUGGGGGGAUAUAGUGGUUUACGAGUAUAUCGACGAGCUCGGGGACUUGGUCACUGUUGGACUGGGCGAGGGAGAAGUGAGGGACACAGAGGAACGGCAGGGAGAGCAACCCCCCCUCAGUUCAGGGCUCGAGGCUGUAACUGACGGAGCUACAAAGACAGAGGCAGGCAGCGCUGAAGAGAUGGAGUGCAAAAGUACAGUAUCUCAUAGGAAGAGGAAGAGGGAGUUUGACAUUGCCGAAGAAGACGAAGAUGAAGACGAUCGUGAGAUUAUCGGAAAGAGACAGCGGGGAUGAGCACUAGAGAUGAAUGAGCUUUUAGCGAUCUACCCGUGUUUCAAACAGAUUUCAGGCGCGAAACUGCACAACUUUUGAGUAAGGGAACAUUUCGCAUAACUAAUAUCCCCAUCGCCAUCGCCAUCGAGAGACAAGACUUCGGCAUCUACGACAUCAGCUAGUUCAACUAAAACUCAAGUUUCUUUAUCCACAGCGAAGUUGUCCAGAUUUACUACUGAACCUAUUUGAAAGUGAUUUGGAUAGUAAAAGUGUACAAUCCAAUCUAACAAAUGCCGUACACAUUUUGACCACCACUAUCCCAGUAGUGCACACCACCAUUAAAUACAAGUACAACACCCCCU